AUGUUCUUCUCAUCUUCGUUUUCUGGCUUGGUCCUCCUCGCUUCCCUUCUCGGCGCUUCGGCGAGGACACCGCCAUUCGGAACCGAUGUCGGGAGAAAAGACAUCAUUCCUAAUCGCUACAUUAUCGAGUUCGACUCAACGGAUCACCUCAACCAGGCUAACCUGAAGAAGAGGGAUACCACCGUCCAUGAGGCUGUUUACGCCGAGAUGCGAGCAAGGGGUAUCUCGAUCCAGAUCAACCAGGAGUACACCGCCGACUUGUUCAUCGGCGCGUCUAUCUCGGUCAACUCGCAAGCGGAUCUCGCUGGUAUCGCCUCCAUCGAGGGUGUCCUUAACAUUCUGCCGGUCCGAAACAUGAACCUCCCCUCCAUCGCUAGGCCCGUCAUUGCCGAUGGCUGGGCUCGGGGCGAUCUUUCCAAGCUCACCAAGCCCAAGACCACCUCGACUAAGCCAGCCACGAGCUCUACCAACUCCACCGCUCCCGCACCCAAGUCGACCUCCAACACUACCUCCAUCGCAUCUUCCAACUCCACCUCUGCCGCCAACUCAACCAAGAAGGCUCGCCGCCAGACCACCGCCCGCCGUAACACUGGUUUCUCCAACCUCCCGCAGAUCCAAGCCGACCGGGUCCACGCCCAAGGCAACAAGGGCAAGGGCAUCAAAAUCGGCAUUAUCGACGGCGGAGUCGACUAUACCCGGACACCCAUGGGCGGUUGCUUUGGCCCCGGCUGUAAGGUCGCGGGAGGGUACGACUUUGUCGGUGACAACUUUGUCGCUGGCUCGCAGCCUGUGCCCGACAAUGACCCAAUCGACAAGUGCAACAUCCACGGCACGAUCGUGGCGGGUAUCAUUGGCGCGAACGACAAUGAGUACAAUGUGCCGGGUGUCGCGCCCGAGGCGAGCUUGUACAUGUACAGGGCGUUCUCGUGCACUGGGUACACGACGGAGGAUGUUGUUUUCCAGGCGAUGCAGAGGGCGUAUUUGGAGGACAUGGACGUAUUGAACAUGUCGCUUGAAUUCCUCGCUGGAUGGACGGAGACUCCUUUGGCGGUCAUGGCGUCCCGACUCGUCCAGGCCGGUAUCGUUGUCACUGCUGCCGCCGGUAACGUCGACGUAGAGAAGAAUGGACCUUUCUACGCCAUGGGUCCGGCCGCUGGCCGAGGGGUCAUUUCUGCCGGUUCCGUCAAUAACACCAUCCUCCCCGCUCACAACGCCACCACCUCUACCGGCUACGGACCCAUCACCUACUACAAUUACAUCAACUUUGCGGAUGGCACCGUCCCCCUCUACACUGUCCCCAACGACCCUACCGGCUGCGCUCUCCCCGACGUCGACCUGACCGGCUACGUCAUUGUCGUCCGUGAGGGCGGCUCAUGCUCUGCCUCGGACAAGGCGCGAACUGCCUACUUUCAGGGCGCGCGCGGAAUUCUCUUUGCCCAAGAGCAGGACUCCGAGCCCAUCUAUGAGAACUUCCCCCUCAUUGACAAUGCGCGGGUCAGCAAGGCGGACGGCGACUGGCUCUUUGCCAAUGCUGCUACGGCCAAUCUGACCUUUACGUUCAACCCGGCCCCUCGGUACAACAUUUACAGCGGCGGUAUCGGGUACGAGAUCUCGGCCACGGGUCCAACGUACGAGCUCUUCCCGUCCACCCAGGUCAUGACUCCCGGUACCAACAUCAUCGGUGUCGUCCCCUUCAACCCGGAGAAGAACUUUGCCAACUGGACCAUUACGCCCGGUACCUCUUGGUCGUCUGCGUUCGCGGCGGGCUCGGCGGCGCUGUACCUGAACGCCCGGGGUCUGCGGUACACCCAGCCCCGAGCGGUCCGCGAGGCGCUGCAGUACACUGCCAACCCCAUCCAGUACUCCAAGUCGGACAGCCAGCUCCACAGCGUCGCUUUCCAAGGCGCUGGAGUCGUUCAGACGUUCGACUCGAUCAAUGUCGGUACGGUCAUCACUCCCUCGGAACUGUACCUUAACGAUACCCAGUACUUCCAGGAUGAUCAGGUCAUCACGAUCACCAACGCCGGACGGGACCGGAAAGAGUAUACCCUCUCCAACCUCGCGGCGGGUACGGCACUCGCCCUGAACCCUUCCAGCAACUUUACAAACUACUUCCCUACCCCCCAAGUCGACCGGCCCGCUACCGUCCGCUUCUCCGACUCGUCCUUCUCCCUCCGGGGCGGCGAGUCCAGGCAGAUCCAGAUGAAGUUCCGGUACCCAAAUGGCGUCGACCCUAAAUCCCUCCCUAUCGUCUCGGGCUUCAUCCAGGUCAAGUCGGGCUCGGAGGCGUCUACGGUCCCCUACCUCGGCGUCGCGCAGCGCAUGCGGGACGUCCCCGUCUUUGACAGCAGUGACGCGUACUUUGAGUCGCCGGACUACAAGCUCCCGCUGGCGGUCGACGGGCGGACGGGCGCCGGGUUCAACAACAACCCUUCGUUCGAUUUCCAAGGGAGUAGCUUCCCCGGGUUGUACUACCGGUAUGCUGGCGGCUCAAAGGUCGUGUACUUGGACCUCGUACAAGCCAAUGCCAACCUCGGCUUCACGCCCAACUUCUCCAAGCGGGACGGCGAGGCGGCGGCGGCGGUGGAGUUGACGAGGAGGGACCAGGUGCUCGCUACUCGGAAAGCGCAGGCCAAUAACGGCGAUUACUCUACGGCCAUCACGGGCCUCCAACGCCUCUUGUGCCGCGUCACCCGCAACAAGUUCAAAUUCUGCAACACCCAAUCGUCAUUCGCCAAGGUCCCUAUCGUCGGUACCCUCUUUGAACGGACCUAUGUCGUUCGGGAUACAAACGACUACAAUACAGGGUACUCGCUGUAUACGCUGGCGAACCCGGUUUUUGCGAAUGGGACGAGGAUUCCGAAUGGGAAUUAUAGGUUCUUGUUUAGGGGUUUGCAUGUGUUUGGGGACCCGAGCAACCAGGCGGAUUAUGAGACUUAUGUUUCGAAUCCUUUCGUCAUUGCUGCCUAA